CCAUUUAUAGAUAGCACCGCGAGUCACUCUGGUCAGUCUAUGAAAUUGGAUAAAACUAAGCGUAGUGUCACGGUAGUUGCAAUUAGUACGAAAUUGCUGACUGCGAGCGGUGUGGAAAUACAUAGCCCCAGGAAUGGGAAAACAAUCAUUCAAUUCUCGUUAUACCUUUACCUGACUCAAGAGUUCGAACUCGGAUUACUGGAAAAUUAUUUGGAUCCGGAUCGGAUCACACCCGCUCGGCUACGAUGGCGUACAAUCUGUUUCCAAGACGUUGCACGGGCUUCACUUCUCAUUCUGCUCGUACUGUCGCAGUUCUCAAUGAUUUUUUAUUUCUUACUUCUGGGGAGUGAACCUCAUAUUCUCGCGCAGAUAAGCCUUGUUGGUUUGGCAGCAUACCUACAUGUGAUUGUGUUUCUAGUGAUUGCGGAAUGUCUACAUUUAUUUAGUACACUUUUCUUGAAUUACGGUGUUCUUGAAUCGAUGAACAGGUGUGCUAAUUAUUUCUAUGAUUUUUGUGAUUUUUUUUUNUUUUUUUUUAAUUUUCGAUUUCAAGGUACAUUGUUGGUAGACGUCAUGCUUUCACUUUCGUUUCUUUAUGUUGUGCUUUAUUGUUCAUUCUUGGCGGCCUCUACGCCACAAUAA